CAAGCCAAUCGAUCAGCGUCAGGAUCAUUAGCGAGUAUCACACUGGACUCAUUAGCCUCAGCAGUCUUAAUACUUAAAUCUAAUGCACUCUUUCCUUCCUCUGGAUUUGGAAAUUUAACAGUUGGAAAAUCAGGAUCGGGAAGACAUUACCUCAUCCAGCGGAUCUUUGUAAAGUCGAGAGGAAUAAAUUCCACUCGUAAUCCAUGCUUCCUCAGCAGGCUCCAGAUUCUGGAGAAUGUACUUAGAAAUUCCUUUGUCAUGAGGAGAAAUUAUUUGCGCGCCGUUCUCCCAAUAGACUUUGUACCCGUUGUCUUCCUUCGGGUUAUGCGAAGCAGUAAUCAUUAUUCCCGCGGCACACUUGUACUUCUGGACUCCAAAGGUAAUAAUCAA